CGCUUAUAUGCUUGAGGUAUAUAAUAUAAUUGAUCUCCGGCCGUCGCGUAGUGCCUGUGAGUCUUUGAGAGACGCUACUAAUACGCGGCUGAACGUGCUCAGUGCAAAAUGUAUAUUCUCAGUAGAUUUUUGAGUUCCAUCUUUGUUUUAAUAUGUGUUUUAAAUUGCUGUUUAUCCAAAGAGCUUCCCGAUUACAUCCACGUCUGCAAGAGGGACCCGGCUACGAUAAAUGACUGCGUCGUUAAGUCUAUAGAAGCACUCCGACCACAGUUAGCAAAUGGGAUCCCUGAGUUGGACGUGCCUUCUAUAGAGCCAUUCGUCAUAAAUGAGAUCAAAGCGUUGACAUCGGACAGUACUCCCAUUCGUGCGAGUGGCCACAACAUUAAAGUAACAGGCGCAAGCGCAUUCGUUAUCAAGAGCUUGUCUGUGGACCUUGACACACUGAAGAUAAGAGUGCGACUACGUUUCCCCAAGCUGCACUUCGAAGGAGACUACAAGCUGGAUGCUCAGGUCCUCAUAGUACCUCUGAAAGGACAGGGAAAGAUGAACGCUGAUGCUGUGAAAUGUGAUGCGGAGCUGUUGUUCCACUCGCAAAUUGUCACGAAGGACGGAGUUGAGUACAUCAAGUUCAAGAAGAUCGAAGCUGACAUCAACAUUAAGGACUACAGGCUCAAGUUGGACGGACUCUUCAAUGGAGACAGGACUUUAGGUGAAGCUGCGAACCAAGCCAUCAAUCAGAACAGAGGGGAGUUCCUCAAGGCGACCAAACCUCAUCUUGAGAAGACAGUAGCGAUCAACCUCCUUCAAGUAGCCAACAACAUCGUGGACGGACUCACGCUUGACCAGCUCUUCCCCAAACCCUAGACAUUAGUUCCUAACUUAGAAUAACUUAGGUUUUUAAGCCCACUGUGAUUUAUACUCGUUGAAAUAAUUUACCAUGUGAUUAUUUUUUUAUAUUUGUAAAUGGCACGUUGGUC